CUUGAGCAGUCUCCAGGCAAACCGCGGGCGCUGUCGAGUCUGGGGAGGUGCUGAAAUGGCCGGGGCGCGCUAGUGGCUGCCUUGAUUGGCAGAGCUGCCCGGUGACUGACAGGGGGUCUCCAUGGCGCCGGCGUCUCCAAUCCGCCCACCCCAGUAGCGGCGCGGGCUAGCUCACUGGCGUGCCCAAGCGGAGCAAGCGCAGCCGAACUCAACCCACAGCUCUUUCCCGGCGGGAAGGCUCCCCCCCUUCCCCGACUCUGUAGCCCCCAGCCGCACCCCGAUCGGCCUGCGGGCAUCUGCUGCGCAUCCUGCUCGGGGCGUCCGCACAGCCUCGAUGUUCCAGCUGCCCAUCUUGAAUUUCAGCCCCCAGCAAGUGGCCGGGGUAUGCGAGACCCUGGAGGAAAGCGGCGAUGUGGAGCGCCUGGGUCGCUUCCUGUGGUCGCUGCCCGUGGCCCCGGCGGCCUGUGAGGCCCUCAACAAGAACGAGUCGGUGCUGCGCGCGAGAGCCAUAGUGGCCUUCCACGGUGGCAACUACCGCGAGCUCUACCACAUCCUGGAAAACCAUAAGUUUACGAAGGAAUCGCACGCCAAGCUGCAGGCGCUGUGGCUGGAGGCGCAUUACCAGGAGGCGGAGAAGCUGCGUGGACGGCCCCUGGGGCCGGUAGACAAGUACCGGGUAAGGAAGAAGUUCCCGCUGCCCAGGACCAUUUGGGAUGGCGAACAGAAGACGCACUGCUUCAAGGAGCGCACGCGGCACCUGCUUCGAGAGUGGUACCUUCAGGACCCGUAUCCCAACCCCAGCAAAAAGCGCGAGCUCGCCCAGGCGACUGGACUGACCCCCACGCAGGUGGGCAACUGGUUCAAAAACCGCCGACAAAGGGAUCGGGCGGCGGCAGCCAAAAACAGACUCCAGCAGCAGGUUCUGUCGCAGGGCUCCGGGCGGGUGCUACGUUCGGAGGCUGAGGGCCCGCCAGAGGUGUUGGGCGUCGCCUCCAGCCCCGCUGCUAGUCUGUCCAGCAAGGCAGCCACUUCGGCCAUCUCCAUCACGUCCAGCGACAGCGAAUGCGACAUCUGAGCUGCCCACACUCAUCAUGCUUAGAAACAGAAUCCAGUGUAAAAACGAGAUACACAACAUAAAAGGAGAGAGGAUGAGACCAGCAAACGUAGCCUACGCUCCCUGGUAGAAGCCCGGUGGCCAGGGACCCGCGGGCCUAGGUGGCCCGAUCUGUUCCACUGCCAGCCGGCUCUCCUAGCGCUUGUCCAUCGCGACUCAGGGGCCCGCGGUAAGGCCUGACCCAACGCCACUUCUCUUCGCUUUGGUUUUUUCUGAAGGAUCUGGCUGCAAAGACCUCUUUGGGACGGAACUGCACGCUGAGCGUUUGCCCGCGAGUCUCCUGUGGGUAUUUCAUGUCGAAAGGACACUGUUAUAUAUGUAUAACUUUUGCUUUGAAGGUUUUUUUUAAAAAACAAAACAAAACAUAUAUAUGCUGUUUAUUUACUUAUUUAAAAGACUUCCACGAUAGGUUUCUCUGUAGCUCGGGGAACUUGCUGUUCGAAACGAGCAAGCUCAACGCAUUCUGUGUGGAGAAGCCAAAUAAUAAAACAACU